AUGGAGAAAACAGAGACCAGAGGCUUGAAGCUUCAGGAUUUCCUAGUGGACAAUGAAACCUUCUCUGAAUUCCUGACUUACAACCUUUCUCUGCCGAGGCUUACUGUGGACAAAAUGCUGGGAGCCAAUGUCAGUCUCCACAAGGUAUUUUUGCAAGGCUACCACUUACAUUUGACCAAUCUGUGCAGUGGAUCCAAAUUACAGGAGGUGAUUCAACUUGGUGAACUAGAAGUUUCCACGCUUUGCAGCUUGCCAAGGGAGAAACUGGAUGCCGCUGAGCAAGUGCUUCGUUCCAACAUGGACAUCUUGAAGCCGAUCCUGGUGAGUAGGCUUGCCGUGUGGAGAAGCUUCAAGCACUUAUGCUUUUGGAAUGUGAACAUUUUCCCUGGACAACAUAACUUUGUUUUUUGUAGAAACAUAGGGCUGGCCGGGAGUUGGAGCGGUAAUUUAGCUCAGUGGUAUCCUGUUCUUUCAAACCUUUGGGCUUUUUUCCAAAGG